CACCAGUUAAGGUAGUUAAACUAACUAUCAACUAACUAUCAACUACUGUGACUAACUAUCAACUAGAAACCUUCAUGGCCACUGACCUAAAUAUUUAAACUGAUCCGUACAUCGCCAGCAUCAAUUGAUCGUCCGCCAUCACCACCCGCACCAUCCCGUCAAAUCCCCCCGCGUUCAAUUCCCCAUACCCCACACCGUGUCUGUCCACGGCUAAAGAGACCUAACCUUACCUGCCAUUCAAUGUCCGCCGCACGCCCUCCCCCAGCGCCCCGUGGGCCCCCACAACAGCUGUUCACUGGUCGCCACUUCUUAUACGCUAUGGUCGCCUCCGUUGGCGCGGGCCUGUUUACCAUGUCCCUCUAUCGCAUGAGGCAGCAGAAGCUGGCGGAGGCGAAGAGGCGGUACGAUGAGCAGCAGCGGUCGGGGUAAGUGGAUGUGGACGCGAGUUGUUUAAAUAAAAGAGAGAGUGAAGGAGACGGAGGGAGAGAGGGAGAAGAGAGGGAGCGAGGGAUAUGAUAUCUAGCGCGAGACGUGGGGGAUGGAUGUUGGGGGAUUCACACCUGUCGUGAGGAUACGAUAUCAUCUGUACUAUAUAUAUAUAUAUACACGGCAUGCAUUGCCUUUAUGGAACGAGGGAGGUUCCAGAGGAUCGUUUGCCCGUUAAUACCUCCAAUGAUUUUGUAUAAAAGACAACUUUGCCUAAUAGAGCACUUGUACAACUGGAGUUUGGAUGUGAUAUACGGGAACAUUGCAAGAGAACGGGAUAUGAGGGUGUGAUAGACCGAGAGUGGCCGCCGCUAUCUCAUGUCCGAUUUUUGACAGGAUGGACUUGAGACAUUAUACACCAUAUUAUACUAUGCUAUGCUACGCUACGCGAUGUGAUGCAACGGGAUGUGUGUAAUAAAAACGGUUAGAAUGGCAAAUGUGGUGAAAUAUACCAAACCACCCGCAUUGUCAAGUCUCUUAGAUCUAUAAAAAUGAAAUCCCGAUUCCUUAGUUAUUAACAUGUCAUGUCUAAACCCUCAUUAAAAUAUAUAACCAAUACAAAACAAUACCCGC